AAUUUUCAAAAUAAACUUGAAUCGCGCAAGAAGCGGUCGCGCGCCGCCUUCUCGCACGCUCAGGUGUACGAGCUGGAGCGCCGCUUCAACCAGCAGCGCUACCUGUCGGGGCCGGAGCGCGCCGACCUGGCUCACGCGCUCAAGCUCACCGAGACCCAGGUGAAGAUCUGGUUCCAGAACCGCCGCUACAAGACCAAGCGCAAGCAGCUGCAGCUGCACGACCAGGCGGGGGCAGCUGCGAGCCGGGGCAACCCCCCCUCAGCCAAGAGGGUGGCCGUCAAGGUGCUGGUGCGAGACGACCAGCCCGUGAAGCCGCUGCUCUACCCGCCGCUACCCUUCCCCUACUACUGCUACCCGCUGCUGUGUCCGCCCCCCGGGUCCGCCCCCGGGUCCCCGGCCAGUGGCAGCGAGGCCAGCCUGCCCUGCGGUAGUCGCUGA